CGGGGGCGGGCGGCACCGCCCGGGACCGGCCCGCUGGGAGGGACCCGGCUCCCGCCCCCCCCGGUGGCGGCCAUGGCUGGCGGGGACUGAGGGCGGGUGUUGCUCGGCUGAGGCCCGGCACGGAGUCAGGUGGACUCAGGCAAGCCCCAGGAACCAGGUAAUCUCGGCCAGGACUUGGGAGCGAUGUCGCAACAGCUCCUCUACCGUGCUCUGGUGUCUGCAAAAUGGCUUUCAGAAGCCAUCAAGUCCCAGCAACCUGGCCUGGCCUUGAAAAUCGUGGAUGCGUCCUGGUAUUUGCCAAAGAUGAAGCGUGACCCGAAGCGGGAAUUUGAGGAGCGCCAUAUCCCAGGUGCAGUGUUCUUCGACAUCGACCAGUGCAGCGACCGCACUUCACCUUACGAUCACAUGCUGCCCAAGGCUGAUGACUUUGCUGAGUAUGUUGGGAAGCUGGGUGUGGGGAAUGAUUCCCAUGUUGUGGUGUAUGAUGCAAGCGACCAAGGUCUCUUCUCAGCCCCCCGAGUGUGGUGGAUGUUCCGGGCCUUCGGACAUGAAGCUGUCUCCCUUCUGGACGGCGGCCUGAAGAACUGGCAGCGAGAAGGAAAUGCGCUGAGCUCUGGGAAAAGCCAGGUAGCUCCAUCUGAGUUCCAUGCCUCCUUGGACAAGUCCCUGGUGAAAACGUAUGAGGACGUCUUGGAUAACUUGGAUUCCCGCCGCUUCCAACUCGUGGAUGCACGUGCUGCAGGACGGUUCCGGGGAGUAGAGCCAGAGCCGCGUGAUGGAAUUGAGCCUGGUCAUGUCCCUGGGUCGACGAACAUCCCCUUCACUGAUUUCCUCACAGAGUCUGGCUUAGAGAAGACCCCUGACCAGAUCCGCAGUCUGUUCCAGGAGAAGAAGGUGGACCUCUUAAAGCCGUUGGUAGCCACAUGUGGCUCUGGGGUCACUGCCUGCCAUGUGGCUCUGGGAGCAUACCUCUGUGGCAAACCAGAUGUUGCUGUGUAUGAUGGGGCCUGGGUGGAAUGGUACAUGCGGGCACAGCCUGAAAACAUUAUUUCUGAGGGAAAGGGGAAGACAGUUUAAUAAGAUGCUUCAUCUUCCACCUGUGCAGAUAAUUUGCCUUGAAACAGGAUUUGGAAAAGAUGGGUUUAGCAUUCCUGGUUAAGUGUCAUGAGGUGAAGGUGUUGGAUAACAAGUACAGGUUACAUGGUGCUUUGGCACUUUCUCCUUAUCCUACCACUGCUGCUUAGGAGCAUGAAGAUGGCCUCGGCAGCCAGCUCUAGGUGACCCUUCUUGAGCAGGUGGGGUGAACCAGAUGACCUCCAGAGGUCCCUUCCAGCCUCUGCCAUUCUGUGAUUCUGUGGCCUUUUUACAGUGUCAGAUGGAAGGGAGAGAGUGCUGGUGGCAGCAUGGGGAAGUAAUUGAGUCAAGACAAGCUCAUGACGUGGGAUGUUCCACCAUGUUCACUCACAGGAUGGUCAUGCUCGUCAUAACUGUGCCUCAUGAUCUUGCUCUCUGCCUCUGUUGUAGAAGCCAUCCAUGCACUUUAUGGCCAUUUUGAGUGCAAAACUUAGGGGAAAGGCGUAAGAUGUUAAAGGAGCAGAUAUUGCCUCCAGGUUGGCACUUAGGUUAGAGACUUGGCUUGGAUUUCUUCUUGCACUUGGACUCUAACUGCAAUGUGUACUUAGCCAGUUUUGUACUCCCAUGGUCCAAAAUCCCCCUUUGGGAAAAAAGAAAAAACCUACAAAGAUACUGGAAUUUUAAAAAGGGUAAAUAAACAUGUGUUUCAAGGUG